UUUUUGUUUCAGAAAAAACUUAUAAAAAUGUUUAUUUGCUAUAUAUGUGGUGCUUCUUUGAAACCAUUGAGUUUUUUUCAAAAUCAUCUACAACGCCAUAAUAGUAUUGGCGAAAUUGUUUAUCCAAUUAAAUGUUUACAGAAUGGCUGUAAAUGUACCUUUACAGCUUUCAUGUCGCUAGUUAGACAUAUAAAAUGUUAUCAUAAUAUUGAUAAUGAUUUUAUUGAUGAAAAUCCUGAGCCAAAAUCUACCAUGUGUAAUCCAUUAAAUGAUAAUCAUAACGAUUUGUUGCCUAGUUUUUCAGAAUAUUCAUUGCCUAGUUUCCCAGUGAGUUCUACAUAUCAAGUUGAUACUUAUCAUGAAAAAACAUUAGAAUAUAUUGGUUCUUCAUUAGUUUCUUCAUUGCGAGCAAACAGUAGUGUUCCAUAUUAUAUUAUACCUGAAAUAAUUGCUUCUGUUAACAAUAUUUCACAAUCAUUAGUUUCCUAUAUUGGUAAUGCUGCUUUAUCAGUUUUAGAUGACAUUGGAGCAAAUGAUUCCACUCGAACGUUGUUUAAGAGUAAGUUAGAAAGUAGCUUAAUACAUUGCAAUGAGCCACUCAAGUUUCUUGACACAUUGUAUAAACAAGAUAAACACUUAGAAAAGAAUUCUCUUUUUGUAACUCCUGAAACUUGCAACAUGGGCCCUCCUAGAUAUGAAACUAAUGAAGGAAUUUCUAAGAUUGUUUAUGACACUUUUCAAUAUAUAUCAGUAGAACAAACGCUAAAAUCACUUCUUCAUAAUCCCCAAUAUAUAGAUGCUUUAAAUUUUAAUAAACAAAAAAAAGGAAUUAUAAAAAACUUUUCUGAUGGCCAAGCAUGUAAAAACCAUGAACUUUUUAGUGAUUACAGCAAGAUUUCUUUAAAAUUACAGUUGUUUUAUGAUGGAAUGGGGACAUCUAAUCCACUUCGUGGACAGCCUUCACUGUGUAGUAUUGGAGUCUUUUACUUUGCUGUUUUAAACUUACCUGUAAAGUAUAAUUCCUGUUUUACAAAUGUUCAUUUGGUGGCUUUGUGCUAUUCUCAUGAUAUUAAAGUAUAUGGAUUUGAUGCUAUUCUUGAAAAAUUUUCAUUUGAAAUGAACAAGUUAAGUGAAAUUGGCAUUUCAGGUGAAUUUCCAAUAAUUGGUAGGAAUGUAGUUUAUGCCAGUCUUGCUCAGGUUGCCUGUGACAAUUUGGCUUUAAACUCUAUAUUUGGUUUUAUUGAAUCGUUUUCUGGCAGCCACUUUUGUACCUUAUGCUAUGCAACUAGUAAUGACAUUCAAAUCUACUUUACUGAAGAUAAAUUUGAAAUGAGAACAAUUCAAAAAUAUGAAAUAGAUGUUGGAAAUGUUCAAAGUGGCAAUGUAGGGAAUAAAAAUCACUGUAAAGGAGUAAAGAAAGCUUGUGUUUUAAAUUCAAUCAAAGGGUUUUAUGUCACUUCAAACUUUAGCUUAGAUAUCAUGCACACUGUACUUGAAGGUGUUGUUGUUAUAGAGUUAGGUGCUGUCCUGUAUUGUUUGUCUGUCGAAAAACGUUUUUUUACCCUUGGUGAGUUGAACAAUCGCCUAUCUCACUUUUGGUCAAUGGUUAAUGUUGACAAAAAGAAUAAAUUGCUAGAACUCAACAAAUUGGAAGUUCCAGGACAUGGGCUAUCACCAAGUAUGAAAGCCAUGCAGAUCUGGUCCUUACUUUUGUAUUUGCCGCUUAUUGUUUGUGAUUUUGUUCCAGAGAAGGAUGAACAUUGGAAGUUUCUACUAGAAUUAUCUACUUUAGUUGAUUUGAUUUUUGCUCCAAAAUUUACAACAGGAAUGGUAACAUACCUUAAAUAUAUCAUAGCGAGCCAUUUGGAAAAUUUUAAAUUUUUUUUUGGGAAUCACACUCGUCUUCGUCCCAAACAUCAUUUUUUGGUUCAUUUACCAACAAUUAUUAUGAAUUCUGGACCUCUUAUUGGAAUGAACUGUCUAAAAUAUGAAUUAAAAAAUUCAUUUUUCAAAAGAUCUGCGCAUAUUGUAAGCAAUUUUAAAAAUAUAUGCUUCACUCUAGCCAAAAGACAUCAACACAAUGCCUUACAUCAUAGAUUAUCAAGUGCUUAUAUGCGUAAUUUAAUAAUUUCUGAAAGUCAUGAUGUGGUACCAAUUUGUAGUCUUCAUUAUUCACAAGUACUUUUGGACACUUUUCAUAGUAAACCUACUGAUGAUAUUUUUGUUGCAUUCAAAAUUAAAAGGGGAUCUCUUCAAUACAAAACAAACCACCAUCUUACUAUUAGUGAAGAUGAAGAUUAUCCUGUUUUCGGAAAAGUUAUCAGCUUUGUUAGUAUCAGGGAUGAGUCCUCAUGGUUUGUUGUAUUGUCUAAGCUUAACACACUUAAAUUUGUGGAGCAUUGCCACUGCUUUCUGGUCGAAGAUGUCAAACCAGUUACAUAUCUUGUUAUAAAUUUGGAUGAACUUAUUGAUGAUCAUCCUGUUUUAUCGUAUCAAAAAGAAAAUGCAUAUUAUAAAAGGCAACAAUAUCAUGUGUUUAAGGAAUAAAUUAAAGAAGUGUUAAAACUUUUUUAUAUUUUUUUAAAAAUACCAAAAUUGGUAUUAUUGAAUUGUCAUGUUGAUUGUUUUGAACUAUAUUUGAUUAUUUGAAUAAUAAUUAUUGCAAUGUCAUUGUUAAUUAUUUUGUUGUUUAUUUUUUUGUUGCAGUUAUUUUUUUUCUUUUUAGUUACUAUAGUUAUUAAAUUAUUAUGUUAAUUAUUUUUUAUUUUAAUUAGUUAAAAUUGUUAUAUUUUUAUUUAAUCCUUCUAUUGUUAGGCUCUAUUUUUUUGUUGCAAUUGUUUUUACCUUUGUUAUCUAACCACUCCUUAAAAUGGUUCCAUAACUUAGCAGCAUUAAAAGAUAUUUUUUAAAUCAAUUUAUUCAUUUGAGUUUAUUCUACAGUAAUUCAAGUAUGGAAGAAUAUAUAUUUGUUGGUGCAUAUAUAGAUGAAGGUAUAACAUUAGAAAUAUUAAAUUUACUUGAUGAUGAUGAUUUAAAAGAAAUUGGUUUCAAUAUGGCUUCAAGAAGAUUACUAAUUCAAUGGAUCCGUGCUCAAUCAUCAACAUCUGGUAAUCAGGGAAAUAUUGUAACUUCUAAAAUAAUGUCAACAGAGAGCAAAGAUAUUAAAAUACCUACAAAUACUACAACAAUGAUCAUAGCAGAGCAACCACAACAAGCUACUUCUUCAAUUUCCGACUGGUCUGUUGAAGAAAUACUAAAUAAAAUGACCAUGACAAAGAUAAAAGGAGCAGAAUUAGUUGAUAAGCUAAAAAGAAUGGAGGAAAUAAACAAGAAAGAAUUUUUUUAGUUAAGAUUCUUGGUAGAUAUCUUAU